UUUCCUCUCUACCACUCACUCUCUCUCUCUCCCACCCUGCUUUCCUCUCUACCACUCACUCUCUUUCUCUCCCACUCUGCUUUCCUCUCUACCACUCACUCUCUCUCUCUCCCACCCUGCUUUCCUCUCUACCACUCACUCUCUUUCUCUCCCUCCCUGCUUUCCUCUCUACCACUCACUCUCUUUCUCUCCCUGUCUCUCUCUUUACCACCAUUUUUUAAUCUUCCUCUCUCGUUUUAUUUGCUUCCACCCUCUUCCGCUUUCUCUAGGCCGGCCGCGUGGCUUCAAGCUCCGCCUGCCCUCACGUUGCUCGCUCAGCAAUAGGAAGGCUUCUCUGGACAACCAGGAGACUGGGCACCUCUCAGCCCCCAGCCACCCCAGCCACAAAUCCCUGGCUUUGGGAGAGCUGCUCUCCCUGCCCCCCUUACCUCUGGAGCACCACAGAUCCAACAGUGGAAGCAGCAGCACCAAGCCGGACCUGCUGUGGCCUGAGGACCAGCGCACCCUGCUUGGCUCAGAGCCUGCACCUUCCUCGCUGCCCCUCGGCCAGUCGUCGCCCCGCAUUGCCCUCCGGAUGCUUAACCCAGAUGCCUCGGUGUCCAACUGCAGCCUGUCACACAGCCGCUCCCGCGAGAGCUUCCACAGCAUACGGCGGGCGUCGUCGGUGGAUGACAUCGAGGCCAUGCGGCCUCCGUCGGGUCGGAAGUACAGCACGGUCGGGCCCAUCCACAACAGCACAGGGGCAGUGAACAACAUCCUCAACUCCACGUCGGACUCGGACCUCAUGCGUUACCGCACCAUCAGUAAGAUCCCUCAGAUCACCCUGAACUUUGUGGACUUCAAGGCGGACCCCCUCAUCGCGCUGCCCGGGGGGGACAUGGACAUCAUAGCCCCUUGCAAACUCAUCGACCGCACACACCACGUCACCGAGAAAGUCACUCAGGUGCUGUCCCUGGGUGCCGACGUCCUCCCAGAGUACAAGCUCCAGGCACCUCGUAUCCACAAGUGGACCGUCCUCCACUACAGCCCCUUCAAGGCGGUGUGGGACUGGCUCAUCCUGCUGCUGGUCAUCUACACAGCCAUCUUGACCCCUUACUCCGCCGCCUUCCUCCUCCACGAUCAGGAGGAGGCAGCCAUUUUAAACUGCGGCUACUCGUGCUCGCCGCUCAAUGUGGUCGACCUCAUCGUGGACAUCAUGUUCAUCGUGGACAUCGUCAUCAACUUCAGGACGACAUACGUCAACACUAACGACGAGGUGGUCAGCGCCCCGCUGAGGAUAGCGAUCCACUACUUCAAGGGCUGGUUCCUCAUCGACAUGGUGGCAGCCAUCCCCUUCGACCUGCUCAUCUACCGCAGCGGAGAGGAGACGACCACUCUGAUUGGCCUGCUGAAGACGGCCCGCCUCCUCCGGCUAGUGCGCGUGGCAAGGAAACUGGACCGCUACUCGGAGUAUGGCGCCGCCGUCCUCUUCCUGCUCAUGUGCACGUUCGCCCUCAUCGCCCACUGGCUGGCGUGCAUAUGGUACGCCAUCGGCAGCGUGGAACGCAACGGCAGCAUUGGCUGGCUCCACACACUGGGCGAGUCGUUGGGGAAGCACUACAACGACACGGUGCGGGGCUCGGGCCCCUCCAUAAAGGACAAGUACGUCACAGCCCUCUAUUUCACCUUCUCCAGUCUGACCAGCGUGGGCUUUGGCAACGUCUCCCCCAACACCAACUCUGAGAAGAUCUUCUCCAUCUGUGUCAUGCUCAUAGGAUCUCUGAUGUACGCCAGUAUCUUUGGUAACGUGUCGGCCAUCAUCCAGAGGUUGUACUCGGGUACGGCCAGGUAUCACACCCAGAUGCUACGGGUCCGAGAGUUCAUCCGUUUCCAUCAGAUCCCCAACCCACUGAGGCAGCGGCUGGAGGAGUACUUCCAACACGCCUGGUCCUACACUAACGGCAUUGAUAUGACCGCUGUGUUGAAGGGGUUCCCAGAGUGUCUCCAGGCUGACAUAUGCCUCCACCUUAACCGUACCCUCCUGGAGAACUGCAAGGCCUUCAAGGGCUCCACGAAGGGCUGUCUGCGGGCCCUGGCCAUGAAGUUCAAGACCACCCAUGCCCCGCCUGGCGACACCCUGGUGCACGCCGGCGACGUGCUCACCGCCAUCUACUUCAUCUCCCGGGGCUCCAUCGAGAUCCUCAGAGGCGACGUGGUGGUGGCCAUCUUGGGGAAGAAUGACAUCUUUGGCGAGCCUAUCAACCUGUACGGUCGGGCUGGAAAGUCCAAUGCGGACGUGAGAGCUCUGACCUACUGUGACCUCCAUAAGAUCCACAGAGAGGACGUCCUGGAGGUGUUAGACAUGUACCCUGAGUUCUCCGACCACUUCUGGAUGAACCUGGAGAUCACCUUUGACCUCCGGGAUGCCAAUAUGAUUCCUGGCUCUCCAGAAAGUGACAACUCAGACUGUGUAGGAUUCAACAAACUGCGCAGACGCAAAUUAUCCUUCCGGCGCCGGACAGAGAAGGACGACGCCGAUGCAGGAGAGAAUAAAACGGAGAGAUCCCACAAGCCAGUUCGGCGUAGACGGAAGGAGGCGGCCAGUAAGCAGGGGGUGGGGCUUAAGCCAGACUGGGAGGGACCUCGGAGUUCAGUGUCCACCCACUCCAGUAGUGGCGAGGGGGAGGAGUCUGUGGUCACAUGCCCCGCCCCUCAGUCAGCUCUGCAUGAGAUGUCCCCGGCUCAGGCCACCUCUCUGAUCUUUAGGGACAAUCCCGAGGGGGAGGGGGAAGGGGACCACAAGGGGGGCAACACCUGCAAUGCACUCUCAGGAGCAUUUUCAGGGGUCUCAAACAUCUUCAGUUUCUGGGGGGAGAGUCGGGGCAGUCGUGAGUACCAGGAGUUGGCUCGCUGCAGCCUGCCUUCCUCUCCCCCCCUCAACACUAUCAGCCGCAGGCAGCGCACCGAGCUGGACAACAGACUGGACCUGCUGCAGCAACAACUCAACAGGCUGGAAACGAGGAUGUCGGCAGACAUCGGGGCGAUCAUGCAGCUACUACAACGUCAGAUGACCCUUGUGCCCCCAGCCUACAGCACCGUGUUGUCUCCCCCUCAGGCCUCACCCUACCCUGGUCCCAGACCUGGCCCUGGUCCUGGAUACAGGCUUGUGCAGCCUGUCACCACCCUGGAGUCAGAGGCACUGGCUUCAUUCUCCCAGGACUUUGAGGAGUUCCCCAGCAAGUCAUGGGACUCUGUCUGCAGCCCUGCUGAGCUACACCCCGAUGACUGGCCUCUGGAUUGCCCAACCGAGACACGACGAGCCCCCUCUGGACUGGGCAGCCUGGAGCUAGACCUAGGGGUUGGGGAAAGGUUGGGGUCAGGGGUGUGGGCAGGUUCAGGAACGGGGUCAGUGGCAGAGGUGGGGGCAAUUGCAGGGGCGAGUGGGCUGGACCCUGAUGCCCAGCGGAGGCUCUCUCUGCCUGAGCCACAAAUGCACCUGGACUCACAGACACCGCAGAGGCACAGCUCUGACCCUAGGGGGAGCUAAUGAGCAGGGGAAGGAGGAGAAAAUGGACAGAGAGGGAGAAGAGUGGUAUCUCUGUUUUCCC